UGCUGCUCAGAUCAGAUGCAGCUUAAGAAUCUGGCCAUCGUCCACCAAGAGGCGAUGUUAAGGCAGGAGAGGUGCCUACAGGAACUGACAGAGGGCCUGGCUACCUCCAGAUCUUCCACCAGGAAGAAGGAGCACGACGAGACGGAAGAUGAUUAUGAAAAGGUUGAAAGCGUGGUGCACUUCCAGCUAGAUGAGGUAAGCGAUGGCGCAGACGGCAGACGAACUCCCCGGGACUCGCCGGUGCGGUCCUGCACUAGCGGCAGGAGCCGGGCGGUUCCGGCCAUCCCACCGGGCGACAGAGAGCUGCCUCGGGAUGAGUUGCUGCUCCCAGUCAUCCGCAAAGGCUCCACGUCACCUGUUGACAAGAGACUGAGCAGCCGCGAUGCGCCCAAAUUCGGGCAAAGGUUCAUCACGACGGGCCAGGAGUCAGAGCCUGACACCGUGGCCUUCGAGAUCAUAGGACUUGCGUCGCAUGGAUCACCCCGUAGGACCUUGGCAAGCUCUGCAAGGGAGAUGGCAAGUUCUGCGGCCUUGGGUCGGUACUGCUUCCAUUGGGUGGCUGAAGCCAUCGAAUGGUGCGAGAAUUGCCGGGAGCCAGAGCGCGUGGGGUUCCUGGCAGAUAUCGUGAAGAGCCAUCACUUCGGGGGGCUCUGUAUGACA